CACACACAACUUGCUGUAAUGCAUAUUUCUCUCUGACAUAAUUGAAGGAUCCUAAAACAACUUCUUGUUUGAUUCUGCAUUAUUCAAGAUUCUUAACAUACAAUCUGUACAAUGCCAUCUGCGAAUCCUGACGAUGAUCAAGACAGAGAACCGUUUGUUGAGGUUGAUCCAUCAGGAAGAUUUGGCCGAUACAGUGAAUUGUUAGGCACAGGUGCAGUCAAGAAGGUCUAUAGGGGAUUUGACCAAGAAGAAGGCAGGGAUGUGGCUUGGAACCAAGUAAAGCUAAGGAACUUCAGUGAAGACCCGUCCGUCCUUAAGAGACUAUUCUCAGAAAUAGAACUGUUACAAACACUCGAGAAUGAAAACAUCAUUGUUUUGUACAGUUUCUGGAGAGAUAUCGAACACAGCACCUUAAAUUUUAUCACUGAGGCAUGUGCCUCGGGUAAUCUAAGGGAUUACAGGAAGAAGCAUAGAAGGGUCUCGCUCAAGGCUAUGAAGAAUUGGUCACGACAGAUCUUGAGGGGGUUAGAGUAUCUCCACAAUCAUGAGCCAUGUAUCAUUCACAGAGAUCUUAACUGCAGUAACAUCUUCAUCAACGGAAACAUUGGAAAGGUUAAGAUCGGUGACUUGGGUCUAGCAGCAGUGGUAGGUAAGAACCACGCGGCUCAUACAUUACUAGGAACACCCGAGUACAUGGCUCCAGAGCUUUAUGAGGAGGACUACAAUGAGUUGGUGGAUAUUUACUCAUUUGGAAUGUGUUUGCUUGAAAUGGCUACGAUGGAGAUACCUUACAGCGAGUGUGAUAGUAUUGCUAAAAUAUACAGGAAGGUUACUGGAGGUGUGAUGCCUAAAGCGUUCGACAAAGUAAAAGAUCCUGAGCUAAAAGCAUUUAUUGAAAGAUGCAUUGGUCAGCCACGAGUAAGGCCUUCUGCAUCUGAUCUUCUUAAGGACCCAUUUCUUAUUGAGGCCAGCAGUGAAGAGAGUGAUGGCAGUCCAUAAAUUGUUGUCUAACAGAUCUUGUGUAUAUGUUAAUAUAGUAUUCUUUGAUUUUUGCAUUAUGGGUCUAAGUUAUUAUUAGUUGCUGUUAACGUAAACAAAAGGGUUUCAGGUAGUUUGUAAGUUUGUUUAUGAAUGAAUGACUUAUUUAAGGAUUAGAGCCCA